CCUACGGUUGUAUCGCUACAGACUGACUGGUAACAAAUUUCCGAACAUAACCUUAAAAACAAUUAUUUAUAAGUACCAAUUAUUUACAGUAUGCUGUUAUACAAUAUUAAGUGUGAAUAAAUAUGUUAUCAUUUUUUCGAAAGUUAUCAAUCGGUUUGAAGAUUAAAGAUGGUAUACUCCCAGAAACAAUCAUGGGAACGACAGAUGUCGUAAAUUCUAAAAAUCAAACUGCAUUUGCAUUAAAAACAGAUUUAGAAUUAAAAGAGUCCGUUUACGAUUUGUUGAGAACCAUCAAGGAUCCAGAGAAACCGCAAACCUUAGAACAACUUGAUAUAAUAUACGAAGAUUGUGUUAAUAUUUGUGGAAGUACUCCCAGUGGUAUUUCAAUAAUACGCGUUGAAUUUAAUCCUACAGUGCCACAUUGUUCAUUGGCAACACUCAUAGGAUUAUGUAUAAGAGUAAAACUUGAACGACAUUUAGUAGCAGUAUUUAAAUUGGAUAUUUUUAUCAAAGAAGGAACACAUUCAACCGAACAAGAAAUAAACAAACAAAUAAAUGACAAGGAACGAAUAGCAGCUGCUAUGGAAAAUCCAAAUUUAAGGGAAUUGGUAGAAAAAUGUAUUCAAGAGGAAGAUUAAUUUGAUGUAAAAAGUAAUCUUUUUUUUUUUGUCUUGACAGAUAAUAUUUAGUAUUAAAUGUAUAUAUCAUAUUUGUAGAUUUUU